AUGGAAGGGCAUUCAUAUGCAGGGAGAUUAACUGUGGAAGAGAAUUUACUAGUGGUUGACAUGUCUAAGAGUUUGGCUAGGCCAAAGGAUAUACUAUAUACUCUUAAACGUAGAUAUGGGUUAAAUGUGACCAUAAUGAAAAGAAUCUACAAUGCCAGACAAAAAAGUAGGGUGAUUGAGAAAGCAGAGUGGCAUAGAAGCUAUGGUACCGCUAAUAUUGUACGUGAUUUGUUUUAUGCUCACCCUACAAGUAUUAAGCUACUGCGCACAUUUCCUCAUAUUUUGAUAAUGGAUUACACAUACAAGACAAACAGGUUUUGCUAUCCACUUUUGGAGAUUGUGGGGCUGAUGUCUACACAUCUUACAUUCUCAAUUGCAUUUGUUUAUCUUAGUGCUGAGAAAGAAGACAACUACAGAUGGGCAUUGGCUAGACUAAGGAGUGUUAUGGAUGUUAAUUCGAUUCCUAGUGUUAUUGUCAUAGAUAGAGAGUUAGCUCUCAUGAAUGCACUCCAUGAAGUCUUUCCUGGUGUUUGA